AUGGCAGAGGUAUCUACAGCGACCAAUUGUUCAGUCGAUAGCACAGAACUGGACAGUUUCAUGAUUAAAAAUCCUUCCACUGUUGCAAUUCGAGGUGACUCUGAUAACCAAGAUGUCGACGUGGAAAGUAAGCGUUGCUGCAACAGCCAGAGGUUUAUCGUUGCUAUUAUCGUUCUUCUUGGAAUAACGUGCUUGAUAAUUGGAAUCGUUUUAAUCUCGCUUGCCAAAGAUAAACACAAGGGCGAAUGUGAUGUAAAACAGGAUAAAAGUCAUCAGACAAACCAAACUCAAACUGCAAACUCAGACGAGUGUGCGCCGUCAGAGGAAGCUGUGAGAGCGUCGCUUUACAAACUUCUCGAGAAAAUUCAGUUCGAAACUUACGUCUUAAACCCAAAUUUGCUACGUUUCAAUCCAGAUAAGACACCCGAGGAAAUCCGCCGUGAUUUCAAACCCUACGAUCCGACACCUUCCGAGAUCAAACGAAGAACAGACGGAGCCUGGCGACUGCUUACGGAGAUCAAUAAGACAAAUAUCGACUCGGCCAAACUGAAGCCACGAGAGAGAAAAGCAAUAUCACAAAUAAAAUUCUAUCUUCGGCACGUCUUCGGACAUCCUUACGACGGAAAUUACUACUCGGGUGAUUGGAUGUUGGGUCCGAAUUUCUUCUGUUGGCAGCCGAUCUGCGUUCUAGGAGAAGAAAUUUCCGGUAGUUUACGGCAUUUUGCACCUAAAAAUUUAAGCGAUAUGGAGGUCAUUCGGAAUAUUUUGGAGUCUUACAAUAAAUCGAUUAGUCGAUACACCCAAAAUGUGAAGCUUGGAGUAAAGGCCGGAAUGGUUGGUUCAAUUGAAGAGUGUCGAGCGGGGAUUGAUUCCUUGAAGGAAUACUUCAGCCAUAUUUACACUGAGAGAGAAGGUAUGUUUCUAACAGCGUGCAGCUGGUUUCACUAGUUUUCUUCUGUUAUUUCAAUGUUGUUAAAUAUUAAAAAACUCGUAAUUCGCAUAAUUUCGAAAACAUGAUAGCUUCGAGUUACAAACAAUCUUUCCUCACGGCAGAUUAUCACUUUAAAAAGUCUCGCGGCUUCUUUUAGUGCAUACAUGGAUAAACAUUAAUCAGGAAUAAUGCGUAACUUCAUCAUCAUUCUGAACUGAAAUUAAUGAACUAAACUGCUAGGUUGAGGCCCAAUGUCGGAAGGAAAAGAAACCAAACCACUGAAAAAAUUGCCAUGUAGCUACUCAGACAGAUUCGGAUUUUAGACUCUUUAUAUUUAGGCAGUAAGGGACGGUUUCAUUGGCAAGCGUUCCAUAUUACACUUUUAACUGCCUAUCGGCAUCUCUUGAGGGCUUAAAAAAGUCAUACAGUUUAUUUGCUUCAAUUUGUAACAAUUUAAGAACCCUCUCGGUAGUUGGUGAAGAUUGGCGUGACCCUCUAAACGCGUGCUGGAAUACUAUCUAAGCUCGCCAUGGGAUAUUUAUACAGUUUUCUAUAAUCUGGUAUGGAUAAGUUCUGCCAAUUAAAUUUACACUGCACGACUCACUGCUUGAUUUGAGACUGAAAGAAAAGUGAAGUUAAGUGUAAAUUUUUUUUAUUAAGAACUGCAACAGUUUUCGGAUUCAAAAUCAUUACUUGUUAGAAACGGAUUGUUUACAGCAGUUAAUCAGACAAAAGACAAUAAUCAUAAUGGCCAUGCUUUAUUUAUCAGCGUCACUAAAACCGGUGUCUUUUUGCGUAAACUAAAAUUGCUGAGUCAAACUCUCAGGAAGCUGUUUUUCGGAUAAACUUGCGCCAUGAAGGUUUGUACGCAAUAGCAUUUAUCUGCGUUCACAACAAAACUUGCGUCUAAGAACAAUGUGAGAAAAGUUUCCCACCAGAAUUUUGUUAAAGAUUAGAAAAGGCAGAUUGUCUCCUUAAAGUUGAAAUAUGAUCUUAAAACAGAUUUUGAAAUUCAUCAAUCCCACAUUGCAUUUAGACGGCUGGCUUUUAACGCUCUUUGAUUGGACAAUAAAAUCGGCCUCGCUCACCUUUUCAACCAAUCAGAAUUAGGAUUCAAACCAUUCGUAACUCAGUCAGUUGCUUUCGUUUUUGGUGUUGAGUUUUAGUUCUCAUUGGUAUCCAUGUGAUAUUUCAGUGUCCUUCCUGCUGAUUGGCCGUCGGGAUGAAAUCUAUUUGUUCCUGCGACACUCGAUUAAAAGGCGGUCUAUUUGUCGAUUAGUUGACUUGCUUUCAUCAACUGAGUAAAUAAUGUUAAUUGGCUACCAUAACGAGUUUCUUAAGCUGACGUUUUGAACGUUAGCCUUUCGUCUUGAGUAGUGUUUUAAAAUGCUCUUAUGAGAUAUCGACAGGGUCUAAAUAAUCCCAUAAGAGUAUAUAUAAAAAUAAGAGACUAAAUCGAAAUAAAACAUAAGAUAACAGAAAAUUAAGAGAGUACUUUUUGAAAAAGCCAUGCGGUACAUGCAAGCCUAUGAUAAAAAAGGAAAAAUUCUCAUACUCAUGUUUUUUUUUCCUCCAGGAGUGUUAAAAGAACCGUUUGUGCAAAAGCUGCUUGAUCCUUCUUUCUACGAAGGAUUGACGAAGGAAAUGAGGGACGAAUGGAAUAAACGCACAGGAAAGACGUUGGAGAGCUCCAUGGAGGAAUUCUUGAUCCAGAAUGUCGGUGCACCAAUGAAUGGAUUAUUUAGGUAUUGCUGAGUAGACAUGCAAAAUAGAUAAAGACAGUCUCGGUGAAUUCUCAAAUUUAGGAUCCACAUUGAAACAUGCCUCUUCAUGUCAAAGUGAGAGAAGCACCAGAUUAUCUGUUUCAUCUCCAAGAUCUCCUAAGAAAUUCUCCUUACUGUCUGUCAUACGCUUCUCAUGAUGUUAUUUGGGAGAGAAUGGUUUUGGAUCAAUUAAUAAUCCCCUAAUUUUUCCUAUUAUUAUUAUCAUUAUUCUCAUACUUGUCUGCUUGAUAUUUUUAUUGAUAUUUUAAGGAGAAACUCACAUGUUGAUUGUUGCUAAGGGGUUCGAGCACUGAACUUCGGAUCAUAAGGUCUACUUUCAAGCCCUAAAAUGAGUUAUUGUGUUGCGUUCUUUGGCAAAACGCUUAAAACUCUAACAAUACCUAUAUCCACCCGGAAGAAUAAAUAGGUGUCAGAAAUUGUAAGCUAUCAGAAAUAGACGAAUUCCUUCCGUAACUUGCUGUGCCGCCAGCCAACCCUACCGUGAGGGGCAGCGGCACUCUUUUGUCAUCAUCCAACUUUAGAAGAUUGCUACUUCCCCUUCAUCUACCUGUAUCUGUCGUCCGCCGAAAAGAGAUGAUAAGCAAUAACAGAGACGUCAGAAACACAACACAAUAAUCUGCUGAGAGCUUUUAGCGUAGACCAAUGCAUGCACGGUUUCUAUCUCGAUGCAACAAUGUAAUCCCUAACUUAAGAAAAACGCAUUUUCGAAAGAAUAGGUAAACAAAAUAUCAGUGUUAAAAACUGCAAACUUUAGAUAUCUGGCGUUGCAUCUCUUACGUGGAUUGUUUCCUUUCAGUUAUCUGGAAAAAGAGCACAUGAGCCAUUGUGUUCCAAGCAACAUUUCCAGUGGUCUUUUUAACCGCCCCUUGAAAUACGUGUACAUUGACGGCAAACCUGAUAUCUCACAGCCGACCGUGAGGAACCUAAGCACGGGGGAGAUUCUCAACGGGCCUCAGACUUAUGCCAGCAUGUUGUCCUAUUUUAUCACAACUGAUAUGACCCCUGACGAGGUGUACAACAAGGGAUGGGAGAUCUUGAAUCAAACCUAUCCUCAGGUACUUAAGGAUGAAUCUAUAAUUUCUGUUGGAAUCUUUCAUCAGAAUUGUUUUCGGCGAGGUCUUUGCUGGAGAAGAAGAAGCCGCCCCAAAUUUAACGGGAUUGGAUAGAAUAUUCACGUGGAAUGAUUACAUUGACAACGCUAACUAUUUGGAAAAAGUUAGAGUGAAAGUAAUUUAGGACUAGAUCUUCCGAACUUUUUCAGGGUAACUUGCUGCUUAGCUUAUCCUACUAUGAUCACUACUGGUCGCUUAAUUUAUUUAUUUUAUUUAUUUAAUCGCUUUCACCAUGAUCACAAUGCUAAAAUAAGACUAGGAAGAAGAAAUACAUUUGAAGAGGUCACAAGAACGAGAGACGAAGGUACGGGACACACAACAAAGCGAGACUUCAAAUUAAGUGUGCCCUUAAUUAGAAGGACUGGCUCUGUUUUAAAGUUAGUACUUGAUCUUUUGUCUGGUACUAACACAAUUCAGCUCAACGCACCGAGUUCUCCAAACACCCCACUGAUUUUAACUUGCAGCUUAUAUUUUUGCCAUUAUGUAGAUCCUUGCUCUUGCGAGAAACCUCACCGGAAAAAAAGCAGACCCAGAUGCUACAGUUGUGGAGGAAUUCAAAAAGAGAAUUACAUCUCAAGACAUGUACUACAACAAAGAGCCAAUACCAGCGAAUGAAAGCAACCAGUUGGCAGUUGAACGCUGCAGUACGAUCGAAGGUGCCAAGGAAUUUUGCCCGAAGAGAUGGGAGGCUCUACAAAAUUGGUUCAAAGCUUCUAGGGAGGUAAUUAAUGCAACGUUUAGCUGUAUUGGAGCGCGCAAUGUAAAUGUCACUUUUGGUUGAUGAUUAAGUUUAUUUAGUUAUGGAACUUGAAAAUUUACCUUUUUCUGUUUCUUUUUCUUAUCUGGACCCUCGUAAUGACAGAUUUAUUUUUAAAAGAAGUUGCUUUAAAUUUCCGCAGAGUGGCUAAGGCGAUUUUUCGGGAUUCCCCCGACUUCGUGAUUAUAGCAUUUACAAGAGGACGAGUGUCUCAAAAUCUGAACAAAUGCAGUGGCUUUCACGUAUCUCAAGAGAUAUUUUCUUGUCUGGGUUCUUUCCUGCUCCAGUUCCUAUUUUUUUUUCUUAUUUCAUGUUGUAUUUUCCUUCUUCAGUUUUCGUAGUCUCAACGAGUUUCGAUUCCGUUUGUGUAAAAAUCCCAAGUUACACAAAACACUCAAAUGCCUCAAAAUCUAAAAAAAUGUGGCAUAUCUUGAUGGAAGUUUUCUUUCCUGUUUUUCUUCAUAUUCCCUUUUUACAAUAUUAUUUCUUCAUUUUCAUUUUCCGAAGGCUAUGAGUUUCUUAGAACCAAAAACAGUCAACAUGUUUCAUUUCACUGGUGCCAAACAGACCACGCCAAGCUGCCCCGUUCAGCUUGCUCCGGACUUUAAUCCUUCCUCUGCCGCGCAAAGCUACGAACUCAGUGAUGCAGUUUGUUCAAAGAACUCCAGGUGAGGCGUAGGAAAUAUCAUCAAAUAACCAAAGAAGUAAAAUUUUUGGGACCCCUUUGUUCUGAUUAACACAGCUGACCUUUCUCAUUAGGCUAGUUGAAAUUUUGUAGGUACAAUGUUCCGUUUUUCCUCGAAAACAUGGGUCCAGUCUUCAGCGAGUGGAGUGUCAAUGCUCACGAGGCGAGACCUGGACACCACACUCAGGUAGGUGUAUAAUAACAGGAGUCCCUUACAGUAGAUGGACUAUUUUGUAUAUAGUUUUCACUUCACUGCUGUGGGAAUGGAGAAAAAAAAAACCGGCCAGCUCGAGUCUAUGUAUUGUAUUCUUGAGCAGGUCGCUUUCCUCUCGCAUUGCUCGUUUAUAAAUUAUGCUGGCGCGAAAAUUGCUACCGCAGGGGAGAGGGCGUGAAAAUUACUACCGGCCAACGGUCACGAAUUCCUAACUAAAUUCCUGGGGGGGGGGGUAAAAGACCCCUAGGAUGAGCCAGGGAGAACAACGAAACUGGAACAACUAAAACUUUGUCGAGAUCUUUUGGUUUGAAAGCUGAUUUACCUUAUGAAUAAUUAUUAUCGACAUCUUCAGUUAAUUUCAAUUCCUGUCCUAGGCUCAAGGUUUUGUUGAACAUUUCGCGGACAAGUGUGGCGGUGUGAUAGGCUGGGUGAACCAGAUCUCUCAGUCAAUUGCAUUUUCAGAGGGCUGGGGACUAUAUGCCGAGAUGCUUGUAGCUGAAGAUACUGAUUCGUACGAUAAUAAGCCGUGGCAGAGAUAUGGAGCACUAAAAUGGAGAGCAAGUUGAUUUUUGUUAAUACUUAACUUAGAUGACGCCUGAUCACAGUUUGCACACUGAAAAUUAUGCCUAAUUCAAUAGGACUGACACUCACCAAAGAGCUAGAUCGACUUUUUUUAUUUUAACUUAAAAGCUGAUGGUUUUUAACCUCGCAAAUUUUUUCCCGCAAAAUGAAUACAGACAACUUUCCAAUGUACAACAUCAAAAAGUUGUCGGAGACAAAAUUGAGCAAUCACUUUCACUGUAAUUAUCCUCAAGGCAUUUAAAAGUUUUACCGCAUGUAUGAAAGUUGUUGGUGCUCUUAGCCUUGAAACUUUUUCCGCUGUUGUUGCAGUUUCGUAUUGUUACUGCCAUAUUUCCUUUUUAUCUUUAGCUUUGGCGGGCCCUCCGUCUUGUACUGGACGCAGGCCUCCAUAGCAAGGGCAUGACUCGCCGAGAAGGACUAGAUCUAUUGGCCAAUUACGCUUGGGAUACGUCCGAUAUUGCGCGCAAAGAAAUGACUCGAUACCAGUCUGGCCCGGGUCAAGCUAGCGCGUACAUGAUUGGUCAGCUGAUGAUUCAGAAAUUAAGGGACUACGCAGAGAGGAAGUUGAAGGAAAAGUUUGACCUAAAGGACUUUCAUUACCAGGUAAAAUAUGGAAGUGUUUAUAACUAGAUGUAUUUCUUAUUGCGUUCACGACUAUUGAUGUUAUAUGACUGGCUUAUACCAUUCUAUAUUUGUAUGGAAUUGUUAAAUUGUACUUUUUUCUUAUUUGGGCACUAAGAAAAUCAGUAUUGCAUUUAUGGGCGAAAACUCACAAUCUUUGUUUUCAAUUUUAGAUUCUCAACCAGGGCUCUGCGCCGAUGAGUUUCCUCGAGAGUCAUAUCCAGCAAUAUGUCGCUUGCAAGUUAGACGAUAAAUCUCCCGGAUGCGAGCUCGUCUUGCAGCCAUUAGGCGUUGAAGUGAAAACGAAGCAAAAAAGCCAUGCUGAGAACCAACUUUCCUCAGAAUAUUCCAACUUUUUCAACCGGCCGUAUCCAAGGAGGCUUUAUGUUUGAUGAGCUUACAAAAUUUUAGUAUGUCCAGUACUUCUAGUUAGCAAUCGUAGCAAUUCUCCGAGUUUAGAAAAGAAAUCCAAUCGAAAAGAAGUCGGGUCAUAAGUGAGUGCUUUCACUGGCAAUACCCCAAAGGAUCAUUAAGUGCAUUUACAUUUUUUUAUUGAUUCCUAACUUUUUUCACACAAUUUCUAAAAUAGUGCAUGUAUCCUAACUGACUUUUAUACGUUGUCAAUAACGUUCGUUAGCUAUAUCCACAGUCAGUACUCCCUUUAACAGUUCAACCAUGUAUCUCGCGUUCAAUGAAAAACAUCAAAGUUUUUAACUCUGGGGAGCUUUUUGGUAAAUGAGUCAUCGAGUAGAGAAUUUCAUUCACUUAGUUCCUUCAUAUUUAUAAACACCCUAUGGAAGAGUUUCCAGUUUUAUCAAGUCGCCUUUAAGCAACGAACCCAUUAGACUAUUAAUAAAUUAAUGCUUCAGUAGCCUUUUUUAGUCUUCUUUUUCAAUAACCUGCUCGUGUGCUGUAGCCAGCUUAAAUUGAGUAAAAACGCUUGUUAAAUAGUAGGAUCAGAAUAUUUAUGACAUUUCGGAAAUAAGAGUGUAAUCACAGUCAAAACCAGGCUUUUCCAACAAAUGACAAUUUUGACAGCUUUGUAAUCGAAUAAAGGAUG